AAAAAGAGGAAAAAGAAAAAGCGAAAGGAAAAAAAGAAAAGGAAAACAAGGCAACAACAUGGCGGAAUAAAUAAGAUGUCUGAGUGAGUUGAGUUGUUUUAGUUUGGUUGGUAUAGUUUUGUGACCUGUGUGAUUCCUUGGACAAGGUCUAUACGCCUUGUUUUAUGCGUGUUCUUCAGACACAGACCACUCAUGUGAACCGAUGCUGUUUUUGUUUAAUUUCUAAUGUAAUUUGAGCAACCAAAUGAAUAUUUUAAGUCAGAGGCUAGGGAAGAAUGAGGAAUAUUCUUUCUGGAGACUUAACAUGCCAGUUGGAGACCAUGGCCACUCAAGCAACUCGAUAUUGGAUUCCUUUGUGACACCUAAACUAUUCCACAGUUUAAAAUUCCCCUCUGUGCGAAUGACGCGCUCAAAUUCAACAUUAAGCCGAGAGGAAUCUUGUGAAAAGGUCGGACUGCUGAACUUAAGAGCCUUUAUCUUCCUUUUACUAUGGUAUUUUUUCAGUUUUUGCACUUUGUUUCUCAACAAGUACAUUCUCUCAACGUUAAGCGGCGACCCCACCUUGUUAGGGGCCAUGCAGAUGGUUAUGACAACAGUAUUGGGGUUUGUACAGAUUUAUCUCCCUUGCGGCAUGUAUGUCCCUAUACAGCGCGAAGGCAAACCGCCCAAUUUCUGGAGGAACAUGAUAGUUGUUGGGAUAAUGAGAUUUGUAACCGUUGUUCUUGGACUUGUUGCUCUAAAGUUUGUGGCAGUAUCAUUCACAGAGACUAUUAAAAGUUCCGCUCCUUUAUUCACAGUAUUCAUAUCUUGGGCUUUAAUUGGGGAACGAACUGGGUUAUACACAUUUCUCUCAUUAAUUCCUAUAAUGGCAGGACUUGCUCUUUGCUCGGCAUAUGAACUAAGUUUUAGUAUAAAAGGAUUUGUAGCAGCAUUAGCCACAAAUAUCACAGAAUGUUUACAAAAUGUUUAUUCUAAAAUGCUUAUCAGUGGUGAAAAAUAUAGAUAUACCCCAGCAGAGCUGCAGUUCUACACAAGCAUAGCAUCGGUAGUUGUGCAAAUUCCUGCUUGUUUCCUCAUGAUGGACAUCACACAUGCCAAGGACACCCUCGACUACACAAUGUUCUUUGCACUCAUCACUAAUGGUAUCUUUUUCCAUUUCCAAAGUAUCACAGCAUAUGUCCUCAUGGGCUAUAUAUCACCAGUUACCCACAGUGUUGCAAAUACAGUGAAACGUGCUUUCCUUAUAUGGCUUUCUGUGAUAGUAUUUGGUAAUCCAGUAACUUUACUCAGUGCCCUUGGAACUGUCACUGUAACUGUUGGGGUACUGUGUUAUACUAAGGCUAAAGAUUAUGAUAAAAACAUCGUGCUAAAGGCACAUUAUGCUGUGAAGUCACCUGAUACAUUGGACAAAAUUAUCUAAAGUUGCCUCAAGAUGGAAUCUCAGAUUUGGUUAUUAAAAAAAAAAAAUACAUAUAUAUAUACAUAUGCAUAUAUAUAUACAUAUAUAAAUAACAGAAACAGAAACUUAACUUUUCUUCACCACAGGCAACUGCAUUGAUUAAAAAACAAGAACAACAAAGGAACAAAAAUAAAACAUGUGUCUGUGAUAAGCAAGUCACACGAGGAGAUGGUGUGUUGUCACUGAUGUAUAUAAAUAUGUGCCUGAAAGUGUAGCACCUGCUUGCUGCAUCUUUUCAGACUGUUCUCUUUUGGCCCCUCUUGCUCUCUUUCUUUGACCGCUGACGUAGCAGCCGUCCAGUAAAGAAGUUGGUGGGGUCAGACAGGCCAUCAUUCUUCAAUUUUUUUUUUUUAUUCAAUUUUUAUUUCGUUCUUUUCUUUUACAUAUUAUUAUUGUUAUUAUUAUUAUUUCUAUUAUGUGGAAGAGAAUCAUUAGAGUUUCAGAAGAAAUGCUAUUUGCAGCAUUUCUUCCAACUCUUUGCGUUCUGCGUUCAAAUCCGGCCAAGGUCAACUUUGCCUUUCAUACUUUCGGGGUCAGUAAAAUAAGUACCAGUGAGGUACUGAGGUUGAUGAAAUUGACUUCCCCCCCCCCCUCAAAAUUGCUGGCCCAGUGCCAAAACUAGAAAGAAUUAUCAUCAUUAUUUUAAGGCGGCAAGCUGGAAGAAUCAUUUGCAUGCCGGGUGAAAUGCUUAACAGCAUUUCAUCCAUCUCCAUGUUCUAAGUUCAAAUUCUGCCGGGGUCAGCUUUGCCUUUCAUCCUUUUGGGGUUGAUAAAAUAAGUACCAUUUGAGCACUAGGGUCAACAUAAUCAACUUACUUGCCCUCCCCCAGAAUUGCUGGCCUUGUGCUAAAAUUUGAAAUCAUUAUUAUUAUUAGGAGGUGAAUUGGCAGAAUUGUUAGACCAUCAGAAAAAAAAAUGCCUUGCAUUAUUUCUUGAUCUGUAUGUUCUGAGCUCAAACCCCACCGAGGUCAACUCUGCCUUUCAUCCAUUUGAGGUUGACAAAAUAAAGUACCAGCUACGUAAUGUUGUUGAUGAUAUUGACUUACCCUGUCCCCUCCAAAUGUUUGGCAUUGUGCCUAAAUCAGAAAUUACUACUGUAAGGAGGUGGUAGACAAGGGGUUGACAGAAACGAGAGAACAUCAGACAAAAAUGCCUUCCGGUAUUUUUCUGGUCCUUUACUUUUUGAAUUCAAAUCCUGCCAUGAUUAAUUUUGCCUUUUUCAUCCUUCUGGGGUCAGUUAAAUUAAGUACCAGCUAAGUCCCCUCCACCAGAAUUUCUGAAUCUGCAAUAGUAUCAGAAAUUAUUAUUAUUAAGGCAUGAGCUGGCAGAAUCAUUAGAAUGCCAAAAUGGCAUUUCUUCUGGUUUUACGUUUGAAAUUCCAUCAAGGUUGACUUUGCCUUUCAUCCUUUCAGGGUUGAUAAGAUAAGUACCAGUUGAGCACUGGGGUCAAUUCAAUCAACUUGCCCCCUUCCAACCAAAAUUUUAGGCCUUGUGCUUUUAGUAGAAAGGAUUAUUAUUAUUAUUAUUAUUAUUAUUAUUAUUUUCAUGACAAAAGAAGGCUGACCAAUAUAUCAUCCAUUAAUAUCAUAUUUUUAAAGCUUUUGGAACAGGUGUUUUUUUUUUUUUGUUUUUAUAUUUUGAGGGAUGGGGGAUGACGGGGUAAGAUCUCUCAGGGACCCUUCCCCAUUGAUCAUACAUCUUCCCUACUUUUAAGACUUUUAUACGUUUUUUUUUUUUUCUCUUUAAAUAAUGGUGGUGUAUUGGAAUGAAUACUUAAUAUCUCGUAUCUCCCUUUAAUUAGGUUGCAUUACAGAGUUUUUUUUUCUGUUUCUGUUAGGUUAACAGAACCCUACUUCCAAGUUAAAUAAAAGCUGGUUAAAAAAUAAUAUAAUGAAAAACUAACAACAGGGAAAAAACAUAUAUCAGAAAAAAAAUAAAUAAAACCACACUGUAUAAUAAGUAAAGAUAUUUUGUUUCUGUUAACUGGGGACUUCCUCUACAUUCUAUGAAUGGUUUGUACAACACUGGAAUAAAGAGCUUGUGGGGAGGGUGAACUUUGUAUGCAACCAUUGGUACUAGUUUUCAAAUUCCUCUAAACUGCUCCCCCUCUUUUUCACACACACACACACACACACACACACACAAACACUUAGUAACUUAUGAGGUUUAACACGAUACUAUUUGGCUGUGUAAACCCUCAAAUUUUGGAUGCAGACCUGUUUCAAAGGAAGCCAAAGCAAUACUUAUUCUGGUCCAUAUUUGCAGAGAACUCUAACAAUAUUCUAGAAACUUUGAAUCUGUGCAAAGAAUGGUAUGUAAAAAAAAAAUAAGGAAAAAACAAAAAAAAAUGAGAAAUUC